AUGGCUUCGACUACUCGUUCAUCCCUCAAGCGUACACGCUCUACAGCGGGCUUGGAUGAUGCCGCCCUAGAUGUUCUUUCCAGCAUCGCGGCCAAGUCCCGGAAGAUUCAGUCGCUUGGCCCCAACAUCCGAAGGCUAGCGGCGAAACUUACACACCGGGCCCGAUGUGCAGCCUCCCACGAACUUGACAACCUAAAGGACUCUUGGGAGGCUCUAUCGCUUUUGAUCGAAAGGGAAUACGAGGUCAAAGGGCUCGAGGGCCGCCUCAAUACCCAACGUGCCCAUAUCAAUAAGGUACAUUUCGAUCUGCACAUCAGAGACUGGGCUAUGGCUAUUCACAAUCGGGUGAAGGCCGGCGAGUUUGACAUCGCCACCAAAUACGGCGAGGCUUUACAAGCGAGAUUGACAGCAAGCGGAAUGCCUGGUACAGACGCCGUUCGCGUAAAAGAUGCCUCCAUGAAGUUCAAAACAGCCCAGUCACAGCAAAUUUCCGAGACUCUCGAUCAUAUCCAGCCAGAGAUCGACGCCGUUACAAUGUGGCACUCUGAGGGUGGAACAGCAGAACCUUCUGCAACGACAUGUCUGGAUCGGGUGGCAGAGCUUUGCAGUCGUGUCGGUAUAAAACGAAAAACAUAUAUCGAUAUCCUGCAUCUUGGAAAAGCACGCAAUGAGACAGCACAUCACCCCGAACCACACAUCGAGGACUACAUAGAUCAAAUUGGAAACGUCGACUGGUCUAAGGUCAAAAGGUUUUGUCGAAACCGAAAGGCCAGCUUCCGAAGGCAGUUCAAAAAGGGCAAAAUUACCCAAGCCCAACUCGAAACCUUCCGGAGCAUCAUCGAUACGUGGUACAACAUCCAAGUUAGCGGUCACAAUCCAGAUGGAUCCGUUAAACUGGGUAAAGGAAUGGAGAAAGCUAUCAAAGAAGUUCGAAAGAACAUAGCCAAAAGGCUGAUUCCAGUUCCGAUGCCUGAUAGCCCCUAUACAGAGGGCAAGUGGGACGACCUUCUCAAUUAA